AUGUCAGAUGUCCCAGCUCGAGAAAAUACGACGGCAUACAAGGCUAUAGAUCUAGACCCUCAUUUUACGAGAGUCGUUAGAUAUUUUCGACCGUCAGACUAUGUCGCAUGGGGAGCCGUAACCGCUAGUGGGCCUGCAUUUGUAUUAGGAUUUGAACGCAUAAACCCAACGUAUACCGGUCCAGCCGGGGUAGCAUCGAUGCUGAGAUAUGCUACGCUUCUCGGAGCUUGUGCUGGAUUUAUGUUUGCAUAUCAACGCAGCUCAUUACGAUUUUGGGGCUGGACAGAAAAUCAAAGAGAAUACGAGAAAGAUUUAAGAGAAAUGCGCCAGAGAGUGAGGGAGGGAAAGCCGUUGUACGGAGCUCCAUCGCAACCCGAAUAUGCUCAACAGGCCUCAAGUUGGCAUUCCAAGUUUGCGGCACUGAAAUUUGCUGCAUAUCCAUGGUUCAACUUUGCCAACCAUAAUCAGCAUGGAGUGGACACCAGUCGUUAUUACGAGGAUACAGAUUCAUCAAAAUAG